AUGCUUGACGACGAUAUGAUUGAUGAAGAGUAUGAUAAUGAACAAGAAGAACUACCACCAAUUGAUCUCGGAUCCUUCCCUAACUUGGUUCCACCGACCAUGCCCAUAGGUAGUAUACCUGCACCACUCUAUCAUGGUCAACCUGUGUUCCCAUAUGGUCCGAGACAAUAUGGUGGAAAUGGAAUAGCCACAAAUCCUUGGUUUCCUCCAUAUGAUCUGAAACAGUUCAUGUAUGAUGGCUUCACGAGCUCUAAUGAACUGAGGCUUGAUCUUGCCUUGGAGAAUAUGAUGUUACGGAAUCAGAUAGCUUAA